UGCUUCCUCAGCAUUUCAGCUGCUUGUGAUCAUUGGACUUCCUCUGUCUAGCCUCACUGAAAAUUCUACAUGCAAGACGACAGCUCAGGCUGAUAUCAUGCUGUUGGUGGACGGUUCUUAUAGUGUUGGAAUAAUGAACUUCCAAACCAUCCGGACAUUCAUCAGUCAUAUGGUUGACAUCUUUGAAAUUGGCCCAGAUCGAGUCCAAAUUGGUCUGGUUCAGUACGCUGGGGCCCCACUUACUGAGUGGCACCUGAACACACACAAGACCCGAACUGAGCUGUUGAGGGCUGUGGCCGACCUGCCAUACAGAGGUGGCAACACUAUGACAGGCUUGGCCUUGAAAUAUAUCCUCCAGACAAAUUUCAAAGCCAGUGUUGGAAUGCGAGAAAAAUCCAGUAAAAUGGGAGUGCUAAUCACUGAUGGCAGGUCACAGGAUGAUAUUAUUUUCAGCUCCCAGAAUCUUCGUGAUCAGGGCAUUGAGAUGUAUGCUAUUGGUGUGAAUAGCGAUGACAAUGAGCUGAGGCUAAUUGUCUCAGAUCCUGAGGAGAACCAUAUGUACCUUCUGAAAGACUUCAACUUGCUGAUCAAUGCUAAUGAUAUUAUUACCAACAUUUGCAACAGUGUGAAAUGCCCAGGUGCUCAAGGAGGAAACAGCCCCACUGUGUUCUCCAGUGCAGGUGGGACAGCUACUCUACCCUGUGCUAAUGUGCUUGAUCCAAACUGCUCCUCUACUACAUGGCUUUAUAGCAGCACUAGAGGUAGCGCAAGGUUGUUUGUAUAUGGAAAGACUUUAGAUUCUAAGACUUUAGCCACACACAGAGCUGGGAGACUGAGUCUGCUCUCUGACUGCUCUAUCCACAUCACUAAUGUCACCACCGAGGAUGCUGGACUCUACAUCUGUCAGCAGUUCCUGAGAAAGGAUGGACCACGACACGCGUCAAAAGCUCCAGUUUAUCUCACUGUGCUUCAGGUGUCUGCUUCCCCGAAAGACUCUGAGAUGGAUGCAGGCAGUCAUGUGACUCUCACCUGCCUCCUGCACACACUUGACAACUGUGGAAAAUCAGUGGCAAAUAGAGGAGUCAGUCUGAGCUGGGUGGAUGAGGCAGGGGCUGAGGUGAAGAACAACAACAAAGACCGGAUCUGCAGAGAAUCUCCCUGUUCCAUCACCCUGACGACGGAGCUCCGAGAUCCAAACCAGAACCACACUCAGAGGACAUGGACAUGCCAGCUGACUGAAGAAGGGCAGGUUCAGACCUCUGUUAACUACACCAUCGGAGUCAGAGGUGACUCCAACAGUUCCAUUCUAGUACCAUCCUCUACUCCUGGAGCCUUAUCAGACUCUUCAGUGGUCCAUGUGGCUAUUAGAGUUGCUACCACUAUCAGUCUGUUUGUGGCUGUGAUCAUAGUUGUGCUCAUCCACUGGAAGAGAUCAGGGCCAUGGAGUUCCCUCUCCUGCCACCAGAGGUCUUUGUAGCGUUGUUGUUGUGUUGGGUUCUUAACACCCAGCUGUUACCACACAGAACCCAUAUCUCCAUCAACUGCACUCAAACCAGAGGACAAGCCUGAUUUGAAUAGGAUGUUAUUAUAGGAAGGGAAGGCUGAAACCUUCAGUUGUGUAUGUGAGGAAAUUAUGUUUCAGUUGUUUAUGUGAGAGCAUUUCAGUUGUUUGUUUAAGUGCUUUUCAAAUGUGUAUGACGGAGGAUACUUUUCAGCUGUGUAUCAAUGCAUUUUAUAAGUUUAGUGUUUCAAAAGUCUACACAUUUACGCAGAGAUGUUCAGUUGUGUAUUUGAGCAAAUAAUGUUU